UUGAAAAUGCGGCACUGGGUGGGUCCGGCCGAGCCUCGCGCGCACUGGCAGCAGCACGACCGGUCCCGGCAGGCGUCAGAAGAGGACGACGAAUGCCACGAGGAGCCCGCCGCCACUGGAUUUCGCAGCCGUGUGUACGUCAACAGUGCUCUGCGGUCGAGCGCCAGCUCGGACGAGGUAUGGUCGGCGCCGUGGCGGCCGUCGGCGGCGGCCGACUGGGGGCAGUCGGAGCUGCCGCGGCUCAAAAUGCGGGAGAUCCCUCCUAGGUUCCGCCGCAUGCGGUCGUCGCCGCCGUCGCCGGAGUGGCGUCCGCCGGCGCUGGGACCGAGGCCGUCCCUCCCGGCGAGCCCGCCGGCAGAGUCCGCCUGGCAGUCGGCCUGCGGCUCGCACUACCGCUACCCGCCGCCGGGCUUCAACCCGCCCUACUCGUCCGCGCAUCCGGCAGCCUCCGUGCCUGGCUUCGGGGUAUCGGCGCCGCCUCCGGCGCCGUCCCACUCUCAUGCCGGGAUGGUGUUUGGUGGGGCGCCACUGCCGCAGACAGCCUCAUACAAUGAAUUUCGCAACUACCCGACGGGUCUGAAGUCGCGCGACUGUGACCCAAAUGAGCGUCGCUUUCAGCAGCAGCCGCAGCGUCCGCCGCUGCUGCUGCCGCACGCCUACAGCCUGCCGACGCUGGCGGCGGCGGUGACGGUCGCGCCCAGCUACCCGCCGCUCUCCGCCGCGCAGCCAUCGCCGCCACUGCCCCCGCAUCGGCCGCCGCCGCCGCCACCGCCACCGCCCGCCAGCCUCGAGGAAGUCUACCUACGGAUGGCGGCAGCGCGGCGGCAGCAGUUCGUCGUGUCGCAGCAGCAGCAACAGUGUCAGCCGCAGCAGCAGCAGCAGCAGCAUCAGCAGGCUAUGGCGCAACUUUCUCUUCAUCAGCAUCAGAAACAGCAGCAGCAUCAGCAGAUCAUGAACUACAUUUCUCACCAGCAGUUGCAGCCCUCCGCGCACUACCAGGAGCGCGGCCGGCAGCUGCACGCCGAGGGACGGCUGCAGGUGUCGCAGUACCAGCCCGAGCGCCACCCGCUGGCGCACUACCAGCAGCAGCUGGCGCAGCAGCAGGCCGAGCGCCAGAAGCUGCUGGCGCAGCAGUACGAACGGGAGCAGGGUCUCCUGCAGUACCAGCUGGAGCGGCAGCAGCAGCUGGCGGCGCAGUUCCACCACGACUACCAGCAGCGGGUGAGUGCGUCGGCCGCGGAACCGGCGCCCGACCGAGCGGCCCUCUACCCACGCUACGGCGCCGGGGAGCCGGAGCGACCGGAGCCGCUGGUCUGCGGCUGGUGCCCGGUGGCCGGAAUCUGCCCGCCGGGCGCGUUCGUGGCCGUGGCCUCGGCUCCGCCGCCGCCGCAGCCGCCGCCGCCGCUGGUAGUGCAGCCCCUCUCGCCGCCGCUCUGCUGUCCACCGUCUCCGGGCGGCGCGCCCUGGCCGGACCCCGACAGCGGUGUGCGCAUCACCGAACUGCCGGUGGACGGCGCCGCCACCCCGCCGGAGCCGGCCGAGCCCGACCCGCCGCCGCCGCCGCCGCUGCAUCAGCAGCCUACCGGCAACCCCUGGCUGCCGCCCGUCCGGCCGGUCCGCUUCAGCGUCGGCUCAGACGACGAGUCGACGCGCUCGUCGACGCCCGAGGACGACUCGCCGGCGGCUGAGGAGGAGGAUGGCGACGCGCCGCCGGCACCAGAGACGGUCGCCGUCGUGGAGCAGGCGGCAGAGUUCCUGCUCGGACUGCGCGUCGAUGACGAUGAGACCGGGGAGGAGCCCGACGCGUCGACGGCGUCGAUGAUCUCCACCGACACGGCCGACAUGGCGACGGACGCCUCGUCAGCGGAUGCCAAUAACAACAUUCAGCGGCGUAAAAAACUGCGCACUGGACCGGCCCAGCCCAAGAACGCCGUCUCAGCGCUCAACGAGCUGAAGCCGGGCCUCGAGUACAAAGUCAUCCAACAGGAGGGUCCCACGCACGCGCCCACAUUCACUGUGCAGAUUGAGGUGAAUGGUGAGGAGUUUGUCGGCACGGGUCGCUCCAAGAAGCAGGCCAAGCAGACGGUGGCCGAGGCGGCGCUCCGCUCUUUCAUCCAGUUCAAGAACGUGCCGGACUUCCAGCUGGCCAUCAACCCUCCGGCGCCGGCCGCCGACUUCACGGCUGACGUGGGCGUCACCGGCUGCGGCGACUUCGUGCUCAACAAGGCGGUCGGCAACGGCGACAGCAACGGCAGCGCCGAGGGUACGAACGGCUCGACCCCGCGGCCGCGGCUGACGCUCACACCGGCCGACAAGAACCCUGUGCAGCUGCUGAACGAGCUGCGGCCCGGCCUCAAGUACGACCUCGAGGAGGAAUCCGGCGAGCCGCACGCCAAGAAAUUCAGCAUGAGCGUCCUCGUCGACGGAGAGAAAUUCGACGGCGUCGGACCCAGUAAGCGGCUGGGGAAGGCGGCGGCGGCCAAGGCUGCGCUCAGCAAGCUGUACAACUACUCGUUCGUCAACUACACGUCGUGCGGCGGCUCGGACUCGCCGUACGGCUCCACGGCCGACCUGUGCGAGCACAUGAGCUUCCCACAGACGGUCGCCGAUCACAUAUCCAAGGUUGUGAACCAGCAGUUCCAGACGCUGAUGGAGAACCAACAGUCUCACAGUCGGCGUAAGGUGCUGGCCGGCCUGGUGAUGACCACCGGGCCGCAGAUGUCCGAGGUCAAGGUCAUCUCGGUCACCACCGGCACAAAGUGCAUCAACGGCGAGCACAUGAGCGUGGGCGGUAACAGCCUGAACGACUGCCACGCCGAGGUGAUCGCGCGCCGCUGCCUGCUCGACUUCCUCUACGGCCAGCUGGAACUGCUGCUGCAGCCAGAGACCGAGGGACAGAGCAUCUUCGAGCCGCGACCGGAGGGCCGCGGUUACCGGCUCAAGGAGAACGUCCAGUUCCACCUGUAUAUCAACACAGCGCCCUGCGGAGACGCCAGGAUAUUCUCGCCCCACGAGGCGCAGACUCGGAGCGACUCCCAGGACAAGCACCCGAACCGAAAGGCCCGUGGUCAGCUGCGGACCAAGAUUGAAUCCGGGGAGGGCACCAUUCCGGUCAAAUCCAGCGACGGCAUCCAGACGUGGGACGGUGUUCUGCAGGGACAGCGGCUGCUGACCAUGUCCUGCAGCGAUAAGAUAGCCCGGUGGAAUGUGGUCGGCGUGCAGGGCGCACUGCUGGCCCAUUUCAUCGAGCCCAUCUACCUGGCCAGUGUCGUGCUGGGCAGCCUGUUCCACCCGUCCCACCUGGUGCGCGCCAUCGGCGGCCGCAUCGGGCCCACCGCGCAGGGCCUGCCGCCGCCGUUCCGGCUGCACACGCCGCUGCUGGCCGCCACCAGCUCGCCAGAGGUGCGACAGCCCGGCAAGGCGCCCAACUACAGCAUCAACUGGACUUGCGACCAGCCGGCGGCCGAGGUUAUUAACGCCAUGACCGGUAAGAACGAGGCCGGCCAGGCGUCGCGGCUGUGCAAGCGCUACCUGUUCGUUCGGUUCCGGCGGCUGGUGGGCCGCCUGAGGCCCAUCACGGAGACCCUCGGCCCCGCGGAGGCCGAUCGCGACUACGGCGACGUCAAGAGGCUGAACCAACCUUACACGGCGGCGCUCGGCUGUCUGGUGGAGGCCUUCCAGCGGGCGGAGCUCGGUGACUGGGUCAAGAAGCCCAUCGAGCAGGACAUGUUCCGGGUGGACCCCUCCGAGCCGCUGCCGCCGCCGCCGCCGCAGCCGACCGCCCCGGCUCCGGCGUGACGGCCGCCGGCCGCCCCCGCCCCCGCCGGGCGGUAGGCGCACUGCCGCCCCCGCCCCGCCGGGCUCUGAGAUCUCGGCUGCGGCGCCGCUGGUUCGCACGACUGCCGCGUAGCGGCGCCACUGCCGCCUCAUUCCAGGCGCGUGGGGCCGUCUCCGACCGACGGCUUUCUAGAGGCUGGGGGUGGCCGACGGGUGUCACCCCCGGCCAACCGUGCUGGCACAACGUAGGACACACGAGAGUAUAAUCAGUUGCUACUGAAGCGUUUUUCGGUCCGGUUUCUUCUUGUUUCACUCUGCCCGGUGUCUGUCCGUGCGGACCGGCUGUGGGAGCGCUCCGCAGCGCGCGGAGCCGGCGCAGUUUCCGCCGCCGCGUGUCGUCGGUCCGGGGUUGGCUAUUUUGUUUUAGUGCGGCGCAGGAAACGUGCCGAUCGGGCCUGUUUUAGCUUGUACAUUCUCUCGUGUAUUGUGUGCCUCGCCGCGGCGUCGGCGGUCGGGCCGGGAUCUGUACCGUCGUCUGCGUUUCGUUGUCUAGUCGUCCGGCCUGGCCGCCGGCCGCCACCGACCCUCUGAGCAGCACGACCGCAGAAUGUCGGGCUGAAACAGCGCGCGCGGCCCACGCGGCACUGGGCGUGCCAAACAGCAGGAUGGCCGAGUGCGCGCGCGCGCGUGAUUUUAUGGCCUGAUCGGCCGCCAGUGAAGGGGGCGAACUGCCCUAUGUGUGACAGCGGAGAGGGGAGACCUGCCCUGUUGUGUGACAAAUUUAUCGUCUGUUAUGUGCUGGGAGGUUAGAUAUAUGAAACUUCUUACCGAUAAUCGAUUAAUAAUAAAACGCGUUGAUUGCU